AUCGCCCCCAUCUAUUUCUUCCUCUAUCUUUCUCUCUCUCUCUUACUAUCUUCUGGUUCCCCCGCCGCCAAGUCUUCUCUCUUUUGAUAUAUCUCCCUCUCAUUCUUUUUAUUCUGUCUCAAUCUGUUCUCUUGUCACCUUUCUUUGACUCGUUCAUCUCUUUCCCCCUCUGCGCGUUCCUGACUGCGGCAACCCCUCAGGCACGCUUCUCCCAUUCGUCCGCUGUAUCUCUCUGAACACGAUCCUCCUCGGGUCAUCAUUCAUUUUCUUUUUCUCGUGUUUCUCCUCAUUCUCCGUGUCUAUAGCUCUGUACUCACCCACCGUCCAGGAUGGCAGACGAAUCACAAGUCAUGUCUAUUAAGCAACGGAUUGCGGCGUUGAAACACGCCCAAGCGGGUCAGACUGGAGGCGCCGAGGCCAGCGAGCCGACCUUGAUCCAGCCCACGCCGUCGCCCAUCCGCCCGGCUGCUCCUCCGAAACCAAGAACAUUCAAUCUUUGCAACGACAAUGACGCUGCUGGCAGCAAUGGAUGGACUCACAAUCAGUCUCCGCCGCCUACCUACGAUGAAUCAUUCCCUAGACCAAUCGUCCCACGGCCAUCGCCCACCCCCGCACCGGCCAAAUUCAAGUCGCCCCCACCAUUGCCCGUGCGCAAGCCUUCCGAUCAACAGGCGGUCCAACAGCGCCCUGCACUACCACCCCGACGACCGACCAAUCCCUCCCGGAAAGUGUCGCGGGAGUCGAUGGCCUCUGAUAUAUCUCGUUCGACCACAACCAGUACGGGCAGAGCAACAAUCACCUCCGUGGCCUCCUCCGAUUCCGGCACAGGUCGCUCGCUGCCGCCCGCAUGGGGCGAGGUAGAAUUACCUCCCUUGCCUCCCAAACGACAAGCCCAGUUGCCGUCUCGACCCUCAGCGACAUCUAUGAAAAGCAAUAGCAGUCUGUCGGUGCCCCGACUGCCCGCGCGCAGGGGUUCUACUCAAAGUAACUGCUCCACCGAUAGUAUAGGUUCUCAGCAGCCCCGACCGCCUCCACGGCUCCCGUCCAGGAUUAGCAGCGACAGGUCACCCAGCACAAAUGGGGAUGCCUCCACCGAAAGUAGACCGACACUCCCCACCAGAAGGCUGCCUCCGCCUCCUCCAUCGACCGCCGCUCUGGGUAAGCUGCAGCAGGCUGGAUUCGCAGGGAUCACUAAGAAUUCUCCUCCGGUUGAAACGAGUGGCGCUCCUCCGCCGGUGCCAUUGGCCUCUCGCCCGCCCCCACCGGAUCUCUCCAGACUUCAAGCCAGCAAGCCUCGCCUACCUGCGACUAGUUCACCGGCUGUGACACCGACUGUAACGCCGACAGUGGCCUGUCUAAAAUGCCGGGAUUUCUCGGCCCCAGAUGCUCACGCUGCUCGAUACCCGCGUGCGACGCUCCCGACUCACGACCUGGGCUGGCUGGCAAGAGAGCUCACGGCGCCCUUCCCCUCGCCCACAGACAAGGCUCGCGUCAUCUUUACCUGGAUGCAUCAUAACAUCGAUUAUGAUGUAGAUGCUUUCUAUGGCAAUAACCUGCAACCGUCGACGCCUGCGAGCACGUUGGCGUCCGGGUUGGCGGUCUGUGAGGGGUAUGCGAGGCUCUUUCAGGUCCUCGCUACCCAGGCAGGCCUCGAAUGUCGUGUGAUUCAUGGCCACGGUAAGGGAACCGGGUACUCGGAUCCUGUUCCUGGCUCGGCGCUUCCACCUUUCGACGGGAACCAUGAGUGGAACGUUGUACAGAUUGAUAAUGGCCAGUGGAAGCUCAUCGACGCCUGUUGGGGGGCGGGAUGUGUCCAGGGGCCGGGUCAGCCCUACCGAAGACAAUUCAAUCCGACCAAGUUCACGGAAACCAAUGACGAAUUCGGCCUCAGACACUUUCCCUCCAACGCGAACGAGUUCUACCGGGAUGACGGCCGUUCUGGAAUCACUUGGGAAGAAUACAUCCUGGGCAAUCCCGCCUCCCCUUUAUGGGCCGAGCAGCCGGUGAUCUUCGCGCAUGCGGAGCAGCACAGCAUCGGAGCCCGCACCUAUCGCCCGGCGGCCAAAGAGAUCGCGGUGCAGCAGGGCGGGCCGCUGCGAUUCCAGUUCGAACUCAUCUGCGAGCACUGGACCUUGGAGCAUCACAGUCGGGCCCAGCCAGGUCUAUUCCUGCUGGUGGUGCACGGCGCGGAUGGCCGACAGGACGAUCGGUUGGUUUUCACGCACUAUCGGGGCACUAACCCCGGCGGCGGCGGAGAUCUGUGGUACGUGGAUGUGCCGGAUGUUCGAACUUUAGGCACGCCGGGUCAGACGGUGCAGGUGGUGGUGUUAACCCGUUUUGGGGAUCGGACAGACCCCCGAGGUGUGCCUCUCACGGCGGAGGAGUAUUGGCGCCGUGUCAACCAGGUGGCGAUGUCGUGGGCAGGCAUUGCCGAAUGGAGAUUGGUCUAGAAAAGGGCCGGGAUGAGAUCGGGGUUUUGCAGCCCAAAUGCAGCCGGCCCUCUGGCCAUCAAGGCCUGCCGGUUAAUUAGGGCUGACUCAGGGGAUGAUUCAGGUUUCUGGCCUGGCUAUAUUCAGGGAUUUCCUGACCCCGCUUGCACAGGCCUGCAACUACAUGCCGGUUUCUCCAUCCUGAAUUAUGUCCAUUGGGUGCCUCUGGUUCGUUUGCCUUGGAAGGGUCUUGGUUUUGGGUACUCGGUAUAUUAAUUACUUUCUAUUGCUACCUAUAAUGAUAAUGACGAUAUCCA